AUGGACAUUUUUCAGAAAAACUACCCUCAAUUCAGAUUCGAACAUAAUUUCAGAGGUUUCGAUGAUCUAUAUGUCUUUUCAUAUGACAAAUCUGAUCCCUCAAUAGAUGAUUUUGAUAACGAAAUUCUAUCCAAAAAUGCCAAUAAUUUUCUCAUUAAAUCUUUACAUCCUUUAAGACCCAAAAGGCUUGAAAAAAGAUUACCCAUUCCAAUUUCAUAUCCAGAAGCUGAUCCUCAAAGGAAAUACGAUUCUUCCAUGAAACCAAUUUUUCAAGCUCAAAAAGAUUUACAAAUAAACGACCCUGAAUUCAUUAAACAAUGGCAUUUAAUUAAUCCAAGUUUCCCUGGUCAUGAUGUUAAUGCUACAGGAUUAUGGUACGAAAAUAUUACCGGCAAGGGUGUAGUAACAGCUAUAGUUGAUGAUGGUUUGGAUUUUCAUUCACAAGACUUAAAAGAUAAUUUUUGUGAAGAAGGUUCUUAUGAUUUCAAUGCAAAUCAAAAAUUACCUGCUCCUCAACUAUCAAAUGAUUACCAUGGCACAAGAUGUGCUGCUGAAAUAGCGGCUACCAAAAACAAUGGUUAUUGUGGUAUAGGUGUGGCUUAUGACUCAAAAGUAGCUGGCAUUAGAAUCUUAUCUGGCGAAAUUACUGCCGAAGAAGAAGCAGCUUCAUUAAUAUAUGGACUUGAUGUCAAUGAUAUCUAUUCUUGUUCUUGGGGUCCACCUGAUGAUGGAAAAUCAAUGCAGGCACCAGAAUUAGUUGUUAGAAAGGCUAUAGUCAAAGGCAUAUUGGAUGGAAGGAAAUCAAAGGGUUCUAUUUACGUUUUUGCUAGUGGUAAUGGUGGUUUGAAUGGUGAUAACUGCAACUUUGAUGGUUAUACCAAUUCAAUCUAUUCUAUUACGGUCGGCGCAAUUGAUCACAAGGGAUCUCAUCCCCCAUAUGCUGAAGCUUGUUCAGCUGUGUUGGUUGUAACAUAUUCUUCAGGCUCUGGUGAGCAUAUUCAUACAACGGACAUAAAUAAUAGAUGCACAGAUAACCAUGGCGGAACCUCUGCUGCUGCUCCUUUAGCUGCCGGUAUAUAUUCUUUGGUAUUACAAGCAAAUCCAGAAUUGACUUGGAGAGAUAUUCAAUAUCUUUCUAUUUUAUCAAGUGUUGAAAUAAACGAUAUUGAUGGUAAUUGGCAGGAUACAGUAAUGUUCAAAAGAGAUUGCUAUAACCCUGAGAAUCAAAUAACUAAUGUUAAAAAAAGAUUUUCCCAUAAAUAUGGUUAUGGAAAGAUUGAUGCCUAUACUAUGGUUCAUAUGGCGAAAGAUUGGAAAAACGUUAAACCCCAAGCUUGGUAUUAUUCUUCUCCUUACCAUGUGAAUGAAGAUAUUGAAUGGGCGGAAAAUACUAAUAGAGAUUAUACUUAUACUCUAAACAUUGAUAAAGAGGAUUUAGAAAAAGCAAAUUUUGAGCACAUUGAACAUGUUACAGUCACAAUAAAUAUGUCAGCAAAAAAUAGAGGCAAAAUUGAAGUAAACUUGAUAUCUCCCAGUGGUAUUAUUUCAAACUUAGGUAUCCAAAGACCAUAUGAUAAAUCAAAUGAGGGCUUUAAUAAUUGGACCUUUAUGUCUGUUGCUCACUGGAAUGAGACUGGUGAGGGGGUUUGGAAACUACAGGUUAUAAAUAGAGGUCAAAAAAAUAAAGUGAAAUUUUAUGAUUGGGUUAUAAAAUUUUUUGGUGAAUGUAUAGAUCCAUCAAAGGCUAAAAGAUUUCCUUUACCAGGUGAGGAGGACAAAGAAAAUGACCAGCCAGAUGCAGCAUCUGUAUCAAGUGGAACAACUUCAUUCAUACCGGCAUCAAGUACAGAAAUUAGUACUCAAAGUAGUACUCAAAGCGGUGUGUCAGAGGCCACUUCUACAUCUGAAGGUGAAGGGCAAUAUUUGCAUAAUGUUGAUUCGAAUUAUGGAACCUAUUUUUUCUUUUUGAUUGUGGUUAGUUUUAUUGUAUGUUUAUUUUACUUUAAGGCAGUGAGCAAAAGAAGACCCCAUCGUCGUAGAGAUGAUUAUGAGCUCGAAUUAAUCAGACCAGAUGAGGAUAGUGAAAGUAACCGUGAUAAUGAUAGUUUAAGUUUGAGCAAUAUGACUAUAAAUACAGAUGAUGAAUUAAUAGGUGAAGAUGACAAUAGGAAUAAUCGAGGGGAUAAUAGAAUGAGUUUGAACAAUAAUAGUGACAAUCAAUUCAAUAGUGAUGAUGAGUAUGAAACUGAUAACAGAACAGAUGUACCCAAGUAG